AUGAUAUAUAGAAUACUGUUAUUGUUCAUAAUUGAUAUUAUAUUGAAUAGAUAAGAUAUUUCAAUAAAAGGAAAAAUUGUUGAAUGGACGAAUGAUCAUAAGCCUGAUGUUUUAAGUUAAAGGAAAAGAGUUUUGACCAGUAAAGAACAAGCUUAACCAUUUGAGGGUGAUGAUACUUUAAAUAUUGAGGCCAGCUAGUUUUUUUGA